AUGGUUCAGAUGAGAUCCCACCAGGAGCUAGCAGCUCUGCACGCCGCCGCGCCCUCAUUCGUCCCCUCGAUCCCGGUAACAUCACUACCCUACAUCGCCUUUAUCCUCCUCGCAUCCGCAUUCCUAUCCGCCUUCUACUUCACCACACUACCAAAACGCUCCCUGACACCGACAGAGGUCACCGUCGCCCUCCUAGCAAGUCUCGAAGUCGGCUUCGGCGUCGUCGCACUCUUCAACGCCGUCGGUGUCUAUGUUUGA